AUUUUCUUCUUGCUUUCAGACUAAUGAUUUGGCUCAGUGAGCCAUGGAAUAAUGUGGGCACAAAGUUAAGUGUCAGUGAGAUGGGACUGAAAAAAACAUUGAGUUCUUGUAUUCAUUAGACCUAAGAUCAGCAACAGAGUUAUUCCUAGACCUACUUCACUUGGAAGUGGAAGGAGAAGUGUGUUCUCCAUGAAGAUGAGAGCUGCCUUCAUUGCAUUGGCUAGCCUGGGAUUGACAGCUAUUGUGAUUGGAAAUGCAUAUUAUCAGAAGAGCCAGUUUUAUCCCUCUGUUGUAUAUAUCACCAAGUCCAACCCCAGCAUGGCUGUCAUCUAUGUCCAGGCAUUUGUCAUUGUCAUUCUUCUUGGAAAAUUGAUGAGAAAACUAUUCUUUGGACAACUACGUGCAGUAGAAUUUGAACAUUUGAUGGAGAGGUCGUGGUAUGCAGUCACUGAAACCUGUCUGGCAUUUACUGUAUUUAGAGAUGAUUUCAGCCCCAAGUUUGUGGCCUUAUUCACACUGCUCCUUUUUCUGAAGUCAUUUCACUGGCUGGCAGAAGACCGAGUUGAUUACAUGGAGAGGAGCCCAGUGAUCACCUUCUUAUUCCAUGCUCGGGUUGUUGCCCUGCUACUGGUGCUCAUAGCUGCAGACAUGACAUUCAUCACCCAUUCCUACUACAGCACCAUCACAAAGGGCCCCUCAGUGCAGCUGGUCUUUGGGUUUGAGUAUGCCAUCCUCCUGACAAUCGCUCUCAGUACGAGCCUCAAGUAUAUCCUCCAUACAUCUGACAUGCAGAAUGAGAAUACUUGGGAGAACAAGGCAGUAUUUCUCCUCUAUUUGGAACUCAUUAUGGGGUUCAUCAAAGUGGUCCUAUACACUGUCUUUGUCAUGAUAAUGGUGAAAAUCCACACAUUCCCUCUGUUUGCAAUCAGACCCAUGUAUUUGACAGCCAGGUCAUUCAAACGAGCUCUGCACGACGUGGUCAUGUCUAGGCGUGCAAUCCGCAACAUGAACACGCUGUACCCAGAUGCCACACCUGAGGACCUGGCACAGACUGAUAACACCUGCAUCAUCUGCAGGGAAGACAUGAGUUCAGGUGGGAAUUAUCCCUCUAGUGAAGCUUGGAUGCGAUUCAGGUUUCCUCAACCUGGAUCAACUGGAUUCCAGCUUCCUUUUGCCGGUCUACCGCCCUUCCCGCCACCUUUCCCGUUCAUGGCCCCACCGCCCCCUCCGCUGCCCCCAGAGGGAUUCCAGGGUCUAGGCGAUGAGGAGCUGAGAGCGAUGGAGGGCUUGGAGCGGGAGAACGUGGAGGCGCGGAUCCGCUGCCUGCGCAAUAUCUCCACUCUCCUCGAUGCUGCUGUCCUUCAGAUGCAACAAUAUCAUUCUAUUGUUGCCCCAACCAUGACAGGUCUCAGGUCUGUGCUGAGUGCUUUGGUACCAGUCAUUGAUACCAGUGCUUCAAAAAAGAAAGGUUCAUACUUUAGGGAGAAGAGCGAGGAAGAGAAGAGGAGGGAGAAGGAGCUGGAGGAGGCAGAAGAACGGGAGCUGAUGGAAGCGUUCAUGCAAGCCCCGAACGCGGAUCCGCGGUUGGAAGAGAUCCGGCGUCGGAGGCUCCGCCGAUUCCAUCUCGGCAGACAAGAUCAGGAGGAUUGA